UCUCCAUGGUUUCCUUCUCAGCUCCCUGUGUUGACUCUGCUUUCUCUGUGUAGACGGAUCUCAUUGGGGCUGCUGAAUGUGAGCGUUCCCGUCUGAGGACAAGGAGCUUUGUUUAAGGACGAGCAGGAAACAAAAGAUCUGGAUGCUCCGGCUCAGAUGAUCUCAGAGCGGCCUUGGCUCAGGCUGCUGCCUUCCCCCCAGAGAAGCUAAAGUUAGGGUUUCUGAUUCACCAUGGACUCUCUCGGAAACAACCAGAAUCUGUGGAGGCUGUAUGACACCGAGGUACCUCACACCAGGAUACGGCAUCCAGCUGAUAGCUCCAGCGCUGCAGACAAGCUGAGACCAGAGCACAUGCAGCUCUUGAGAGAUGCUUUCAUCUGUCCGAAAGCAAGACCACAAGCACAGCAUCCAAAGACAGAGGGGGGGAACAGAGAUGAGGAACCUGGAUUAAUGUUGGGUGAAUUUCAGGAGCUGCUGAGGUCUGUGGUUGGUCCAAGUGCUGAUGAAUCCUGGGUUGAGAGAUUCUUCAGUGAGGUAGAUGUUUGCUGCACCGGCCGGGUGAAGUGGCAGCAGCUCUCCUCCUACUUGUUUCUGGAACUCACAGAGAGGCAGCGUGCCUUUAAUCCCCCAGCAGCUCUGCUGGACACCCAGCCUCAGAUCAGACACUGCUCUCACAACAAGCGAGAGGCGACGGUUCGUGUUGUUGCUGUUUCCCAUCCUCCUCCGCUCCGCUAUGUCAGUGUCAGUAAAGGAGGUCAGAUCAGCGUCUGGAGCCGCAGCCUACACAUCCUCAAAACUUUUACACUCACAGGAGACCCGACAGAGGAGGUCGCCAACACCACGAGGUUCAGAGGCUGGACCACUGAUGCCGCUUAUAUGGGUAGCUGCCAAAUGGUUGCCGUAGCAACCAACCGCAGGGAUUUGCACUUUUUCAGCAUCUCUUCAACCACCGUGUCUGAGGAUGUGCACUUGUUUGGGUUUUUCUGCGUACCAACUGCUCUUUGUUACUCUGAGAACGUUCAGAAUCCAGAGGAGCAUCCACUGCUGAUGCUCGGAGACGAACAAGGAGGAGUCCAUCUCUUGUGGUUCCUGAACCCACUUAAAGGUCUGUUCAAGAGUCCACCCAGGAAAGAAAAUGGCCCUCAAAGGAUCUUUUUUCCAGACCUCGGUGAACACAGCAGCAUGGUCUCCCAUCGUUACAUUCCCCACAUCCACCAGGAACCAAUCAACAGAGUGGUUUUUGAUUCUAAUGUCAUCAUGACAUCAUCAGAAAGCGACGACACAUCAGUAGUCUUUAUGAAUGUGUCACUAAGGCAAAAGCCUUAUACAUGGAAAAUCCCACAGGGAGCUAAAUGCUUCGACUACGAUUCUUCUUUGCAACUGCUCGUCACAGGAGGCCGUGAUGGAAAGCUAAGAGUGUGGACCUCGUAUGUGACCCUGAGCCCUGUAGGGAUGCUGCUGGGUCACCACACUGCUGUGUUAGAUGUUGCAAUCUACCAAGCUGCUGAUCAGAUCUUCAGCUACUCCAGAGAUUCUGAACUGAGGGUGUGGGACAUUUCCGGUCAUCACUGUCUGAAAACUGUCCGCCUUCAGUUUCCCUGCAUGCAACAAGGCUGCAUGCCAGAACAUGGCUACUUCCCUUUCCUGCUGCUGAGGCCCCCGCUCCCUGAGGAGACACCGCCUCAUUUACUGGUGGGCUGCAAAGACUACCUGGCACACCUGAGCCUGGCUGAAACUAGAAGAGGUGUGGGUGGCAGGUGGACAGGUGAAGGAGGGGAGCUUGGGGCAGAACUGGAAAGCAGCGCACCUCUGUCCUGUGCUCUGUACAACCCCACCCUGACACAGGUCGUAACCGGUCACGUUGACUCAUCUGUCUCUCUGUGGGACGUAAAGACCGGGAGGAGGAAUCUUUGUAUUCUGAACGCUCAUGGAGAGGAGAGACUUACCUGCAUGGAGCUGGACUCUUCUCACAGAAGACUCAUAACCGGAGCUCCAAGUGGCACCAUAAAGGUGUGGAAUUUACUGAACGGUCUUAAUUUGCACAAGUUGGAGCCUGUCAUCAACUCAAAGGUCACUGGGCUGACCUGUCUCCAUGGCAACCAGCUGCUUGCUGUGGGGUGGAGCCGACACAUCGUUCAGUACAACAUAUCAGAAGUUAAGGAUCUGAAAGUGACAGCAGACAUGUCUUGGAAGUCCAGCGAUGGUCAUAAAUCGGAUAUCAUGGCUGUGCGUCAGUGCUCCCCCCUGGGGGUCAUAGCCACAGCGAGUCAUGAUGGAGAGCUGAUCAUCUGGAGGCUGGACACGCAGCGACCAAUCAUCCACCUCCAGAGGGGUACACAAGCGGCCCUUCCUGUGGACAGCCUCGUGUUCCUUCAGCAUCGACCUGAAUCCAUAACGUUAAGGGACAGGGGUGUCCUGGUUUCAUCUCAGGCUGGUUAUCUGUGUUUCUGGAGCGUCACCGGAGUGAAACACGGUUGUUUUUAUGCUCCGGAGCAGCCAGGUGAACGUGUGCUCAUCAUGAGCUCGGAUCAGAUUAAAAACAGCAUCCUGGUCUCGGGCGAUACAAAGGGCUGCCUUCAGAUCUGGGACAUUUCUUCAUACGCUGUGGACAUCCAGUCUCAGUCAGCGUGUGAGCAGCCUCCACUCCUGCAGCGUUGGAGCGCUCACUCAAGGCCACUGGUGUGUGUGGAAGUCCUCCAUGUCGCUGACCGAGAGUUCCUCCUCACAGCAUCUGCAGAUGGUUCAGCUGGACUCUGGACUCGGGAUGGGGAUCAUGUGGGUUGUUUCGGACAACUAGAGACUUGGAGCAUCACUGGACCAGCUACUUACCAUAGGAGGAGGCAUGACAAACUGAUAGAGGACCCUGCAGAGAUGGGUGAGAAGAACAAGUUUCUGACCCUGCCUCUCAGGACCUCUCCUGUUCUACAGACUCAUCCAGCAGCGAUUUCAGAAACCUGAAAACACACCAUCAGCAGCCGAUGGGCGUAAACAGCUUCAUUUGUCUUCAGCCCCCUCGUCCACAUCCAUCAUCAGCAGAGGGCAUGUCUCUUUGCCUGAAUCAUGAAGACUUAAAUGGGUCCAAAAGAAAACUGACUGAGUCAAAGAAAUAAACUUUAACAACAGCAUGUUUAAAAUUAACAGAAGAGAUUAUUCACAAGAGAAAAUGUACCUUUUAUCCUCUUUUCCCAUUUCUGUUUCCAGACUUGUCUUGUUUACACUUUGGAUUCCUUUGGAUGUUGUAACAAUAAAUCUGUUCUAACACUCGGCAGCAGUGAGCAGAAAAAUACUGAGCUGCACAGAUAUAAGACUUGAUCAGGUCUGAUAACAGAGAGAGUCUACAUCUUAAGUCUAGAGAAGUAGCCAGGCCAAAGCUGUCAAAAAGCUGUAGUUAAAAGUCUUCAGCUUGUCCAAAAUGCUGCAGCUGGAGUUCUGAUGAGAAUUAAAAAGAGAGAUCAUAUCUCUCUUGUCUUAGCUUCCCUACAUUGGCUACCUGUUAAAUUCAGAAUAGAUUUUAAGAUCCUUCUUCUCACAUAUAAAGCUCUUAAUUAGGGCUGGGCGAUAUGGCAAAAAUAGAAUAUCACGAUUUUUCCAAUAUUUUAUCACGAUUUCGAUUUUAUCACGAUUUUUUAUCCAUGAAUAGCAUAACUUCAAUUGCGUAUUAAAGAAGAGAAACAUUGAAUAAAUAAACAUUUAUUCAUAUUAGGGAAAAUCAGCACAGUGCUAACACACUUAUAUUUUAAACUCACACCAGAGAUGAUAAAAGCCCUGAGAGAAACAGUUACAAAAAUCAGUUUUUCUCAUUUUUCAAGUAACUUAACAUAAAUUAAAAUCGUAAACAUAUUUAAAGUGCAAACAUGUCAAUUGUAAACGUAUUGUGCAAACAUUAACUUGUUCAAAAUACUAUGUAGCUCCCAGUUGCUCAUGUAGUGGAUAGUUAAGCUCAAAUACGGCUCUGAUGUGCGGCUGGACCAGAGAUCGCUUGUGGUAGCAAACAACUGCGCAUUCUGAAUAUUUUCUGCAACAAGUCUCUAAAGUAAAAUGUUCUAGUGCAGAGUGGAGACAACCCAUAGAAGCACUGAUUUGAUCUCAUUUCAGAGAAAAAUAGCACAGGUUAGAUGCACCUAAUAAAUAAAAUUACUAACAAACUCAGGAUUCUUUCUUUGCUUCACUGUUCUGGUGCUGAAAAUAUCACUAAUGCGGAUCAAAGGAGAUACACGGAUGAAUGCACCUCUUAUUAUUUGGAAACUACAUUUACUGCAGCUGGCAGAGGCAGAGAUUGUUUCUAUUGAUGCACGGAUUUACAGAAUCAUUUUAAAUUGUAAUAGGGGGAGACUGCAGGAGGGAGCGGUAAAAUACAGGGGUCCCAGCAAAAACAAGAAACUACGAGUCUGAUGAAACCCGCUGGUUUUCCAUCAGGCAGUCACGGGGCAGCUCCAACGACCCAGUGACCGAGCUCAGUCCGGCUCGGCAGAGGGUGAACGAGCCGAGGCGGCGUCGUGCUCUGCUUAAGAAGCGGUGUUAUUUUCCUGCUUCAGAAGAAGCGUCCAACGUGUUUUUACGCUUUCUCCGAGACAUGUCACAUCACUAAGUUGUUAGCGCCGCACGCUAAGGAAACCCUGCGUUCCUCUUCGAAACGAAAACCUCGUUGUCGCUCAGCCGCGGCGAAGCCAUGUUUGUUCACACACAAGUGAAAACAAGCGGGGCACUAAUAUAUUACUAUGACUCACUCUGAUUGGUUAAGAGUCAAACAAAGGCGUGUCAUUCGCCUGGGGUAAGUUCCAUUUUCAUUCAGAGGCAGAAAUUCAACAGCAGAGCUGUGAAUCGUGAUAAAACGGUCUCUCAAAAAUGACAGACCGUCAGAUGUGUAGAUCGUAAAAUGGUCUAAAAUCGUCAUAUCGCCCAGCCCUACUCUUAAUCAAGCUCAAUUUUACAUCAGUGACCUGAUUGUUCAUACGUUCCUAACCGAGCACUUCACUCUCAGACUGCAGGUUUACUGGUGGUUCCCAGAAUAUCUCAAAUUAGGAUGGGAGGCAGAUCUUUUAGUUAUCAGGCUCCUUUCCUGUGAAACCAGCUCCCAGCUUUAGUCCAUGAGGCAGACACCUUGUCUACUUUUAAGACUAGGCUUAAAACAUUUUUAUUUUAUAGGGCCUAUGGUUAAAAUCUGAUGUUAGCCUAAAUCAGGACAAGUGGGGAAGUAGAGGGAGGUGGAGUGUACAGUCGGUAAAGACGACUCCCCCUUGAGCUCCCUGUCCUACCUAUCCAAAGUUAUCUCUGUAGUUAUGCUGCUAUAGACUUAGACUGCUGGAGGACAUACUGACCACUUUCCACACUCGACUACGUUCUUCUACAAUUUGCUCUUUAACUGUAUUAUUUCCUGUUUUUUCAGCUGUUAACUCAAUUUGUACUCUUAAGUGUUUUUCUGCCCAGAAGAAGCUACAAUGAUGUUCUGCUGAGCUGUGGUGGCCUCAUGGAGGGGGCUAUCGACUAGCACACUGCUGCUAACCACUUAAACAUUCUCCCUCUCCUGAUAAUAACACUUUACUUUCCUUGACAUUGAAUGUGCUACUACUAGUUUACCCGUUUAAUUAUAGAUUCACUAGAAUAAAUACAAUAAAGUUUAUCUCUCACCAAAUAGAAUAGUUACUAAGAAAUCACAAUGUAAUCAUAGAAACACUACGUGUGUGUUUGUGUGUGUGUGUUCUUCUCGAUCCCCAGUGAGUCGUGGAGGAUGGCUGCUGAUACUGAGCCAGGAUUCUCUGGAGGUUUCUUCCUGUUAAAAGGGAGUUUUCCUCUCCACUGUCGCUGCAUGCUUGCUUAGUAUGAGGAUUGCUGGGUUCAUUAUAUAGGAAACGUUUUUCUGGCUUAAUUAACUUACCUGUAUACGAAUGUUUACUGUGUGAAGUGCCUUGAGACGACUCUUGUCCUGAUUUGGCGCUAUUUAAAUAAACUGAAUUGAACUGCAAAAUAGAAAAAUAAAUUGUAAUCUUUGUCUCCUUAUAUUUUCUCAUUCUUGCUUAUUUAUUUUGUGUUCUGCAGAUCAAGUUCAUAUGAGAGUUCCUCUCAGGCUGAAAGUAACUUUAAUAAAGUUCUCUUUAAAGACUCUGAA